AUGGAGAAGAACCAAGAACGAGCUAAAGGACUACUCACUUGGGUACAGAAUGCUAUUUCUUCUGGUCGAAUGGGUGAUCCAGGUAAGCCAGGAGUUAAGUGGUUCAAUAGAUUCUUAAAAGACUAUGAUUUAAUUCCUAAAUAUUUACGUAAAUUAGGAGCUGUAUAUGCUGUAGUGAUGCAUGGAGCGCAAAAUUUAGCACAUGCUAUGACAAUCGCUGGAGAAGCACUUCACCAUAGUGUUGACAACCAUACUUCUUCUGUGCAAAAUUACGUUGUA